AUGUUACUUCUUUUGAACUUACGUAAAUACCUAAGUAGAACACCUUUUCAAAAAUGUAAUUUUAAUACUAGUUCUUCAAGCCUGUUAUCUAACGAAAAAUUAAAUAAGAUUAAAGAAUUUCGAAAGAUAACUAAUUUGUCAAUCGCUAUUUGUAAAAACAUUUUAAAUAAGAACGAUUAUAAUAUUGUAAAUAGUAUAAAUUAUAUUUUUCAAAAUUUUAAUACGAAUUAUGAAAAAAAAGAUAAAAAAUUGACAGAAGGUUUUUAUUGCUUUACACAACAUGAAAAUGUAAUAGGCUUAACCGAAUUAAAUUGUUAUAAUGAUUUAAUAUCGGAAAAUAUACAUUUUAAAGAAUUAUUAAUUAACUUAUGUAAUAAUUUAACGCUAUAUUAUAUAAAUAAAAAGGAUAUACAAAGGGAAGAUGAUAAAAAAACACAAAAUGACAAUUUUUUACAUAAAAAUGUGAUUGAUAAUUAUAUGCCUCUAUAUUAUAAAUCAAAUAACAUUAUAAAUGUUGAUAAAAAAUUAGAAAACGUAAUCGAUAUAAAUAUAUUUAAAGAAAUAUAUUUUAAUAGAUCAUUUAAACAAUUAAUUAAUUAUACCUCUUUUAUUUUAAAUGACUUUAUCUUUUUCAGAAAAUUUUUUUUGAUAUAUAAUAUGGAUAAACUUCUAUCGAACAGGAAGAAUAUUCAUAUAAUUAAAAAAUACUAUUAUCAUAAAGAAAUGAAUAUUGGAAAUUUUACCUUGUGCAAAGGAUUCGCAUUUACAUUUUUAUUUAUUGAAUCUUAUAAAAACCUAGAUGAAUUUACCAAAUUAAUAUUAAAAAAAUUAUCUUAUCUUAUAUGCAUAAAUAUAUUAAUAUAUAAAUCUAAUUGUUGUUCAAAAGGCCAAAACAAAUUUGAUAUUCAUUCAUGUCUAGAAAAUAAACUUUGUUAUUUAUCUAAAAAUGAUAUAAAUGAUGAUAAUAAUAAUUUAAAUAAAGAAAAUCAUGUGCAAAAUGAAGAAUAUGUUAAUGAUAUAAUGAAAAAAAAAAUAGAAUCAUUCGAAAUAUUAAAUCAAUGUUUUAAUGAUUCAAAUAAUAAAAACUUCAAAUUUCAUAAUAAUAUAACAUUUAUAGAAUUAAUUCAUUUAUUAGAAAACGAAUUGCACAUUAAAAUUUUUCCUAAAAUAAUAUACUCUAUGAUUAAUGAAGAUAUCGUUAUCCUAUAA